AUGCGGGGUGAGUCCCUGAGCGCAGAAUAUGGGCCAGAGUUCGCUGAUCGUGAUGCAUACAGCGCUGCCUUAACUCUAUUCCUCGCAACAACAGACGCGACCAUCGUCUCCACAACUCUACCCACUAUUACGAGCGAGUUCAACGCCAAUCAGGCAGAGUACACUUGGGUAUCGGUGACGUACAUGCUCACCCAGACCGCAUUCCAACCUCUGUAUGGGAAACUCUCUGAUCUCAUUGGUCGAACGGCGGUUUUGUACGCCAGCAUCUUGAUUUUUGCCGUAGGCUCUGCGCUAUGUGGUGCGGCACAGAACAUUACAUGGUUGAUACUUGCACGCGCCGUUGCUGGUGUCGGGGGCGGCGGUAUCGUGUCCUUGGUCUGGACCAUUACGUCAGAGAUCGUCGACGUGCGCAAACAGGCCAAAUGGUCACAAGCGCUCAGCGUUACUUGGGCUUGCUCAGCCGUCGCGGGCCCCCUCCUGGGCGGAGUCUUUUGCGAGAAGAGCGGUCCUCUGAACUGGAGAUGGGCAUUCUACAUGAAUCUUCCCAUAUGCGCAUUCUCCUUCAUGAUCCUAUGGCUCUCUUUGCGCAACAUAUACGAUGGUCGUACCCCGAUUGUCUCAUGGAGCCAUUUCGGGAGAACGUUCGACUUCAUAGGACUGCUCCUCUUCAUGAGCGGAAGCAGCUGCAUUGUGAUCGGCUUUAAUUUCGCUACCCAGAACGGCUGGAUCGCCCCGUCGACACUCGCGUUGAUCGUCACUGGUAUCGUGGUCCUAGUUCUGGGCGCCAUCUACGAAGUCCGUACGAAACGCGACGCACUCUUUCCCCCAAUUGCUUUCAAGGAUCGUACGAUUGUCAUCAUCCUUGCCGUAACGUUCCUCCACAACUUGGCAUUCAAUGCCGGGACGUUCUAUCUGGCUCUCUACUUCCAGGCAGGUGCCUUCCUCCCGGCCGUAAAUGGACUGUCCCCCUUCGAGGCGGGGAUGACCAUGCUGCCAUACUCGCUUGGAUCCUCGCUUGCUUCGAUGCCGACUGCCUGGCUCAUCGGGUACUGUCAACGGCGCAGUCUCGACACCGCUUGUCAGAAGUACAUCAUUUGCACAGGCCUCGCCCUGUCGUCGACCGGCUUCGGUCUUAUGAUGCUGCUCUCUGAGACUAGCCCGAGGAGCACUCAGAUCGCGUUCCCACUGAUUGCCGGCGUGGGUUUGGGCAUGCUCUUCCACGCGCCGUAUCAGGUCUUUACGCGUGCGUUACGGCGUCAAGAGGUCGCGUCAGGGACGAGUGCGUUUUUUCUCGUCCGAUUCACAGGCGCGACGGUGGGCCUCGCCGUCGCGGGGGCCGUCUUUUUGGGUCGGCUACGUACCACGCUGCCUGCUGGCGUCGACGCGCAAGUCGUUCUCGAAUCGGUUGACAUCCUCAGGUCCCGCAGCGAAUGGCCAGAAAUCCUACACGCAUUGUCGCUCGCGACUAAGGCCAUCUGGACCGUCUGUUGUCCAUGCCUUGGCGUGGCUCUGCUGAUCUCUAUGUUCACACGUAAAAUCUUCCUCGACCAGACCGCGGCUCGAGAGCAGGAAAAGUCACCCGGCACACUGGCAGAGAAGCCGCCCGUUAUGGCGUUGGAAGGAGCGUGAACAUCUGAGCCAUCGGAAUGGGUUAGUACGCCUCGUGUCGCAUUGAUU